UAAUGUACUAACAGAGAUUUGCAGCAUCUAAUAAAAUACAGUAAAAAACAUUAGAAGAAUAUGACAUUAAACCUAUAAAGAAUCCAAUUAACUAAGGAAGUUAGAAUAUUAAAUAAGUUCAAUAAAUUUAUAAUCUUUAACAAAGAAAUACAAGGGGAAUGCAAAUUGAAGAUGGAGAAAAGGGAAUUUAAAUUAAAGUGUUUUAAAAUUCUACUAAAUCGAAUAUAGAUCAAAGAUCUUCAUCAUAGCAAUCUAAAUAGGAUCUUUCUCUUUAAAAAAGGUUAUUUUCAGGGAUAGAAUCAGAUUAAUCUUUUUCUAAAAUAAACUCAACUACUUAUUAAGAUCAAGAGAGAAGCCCAAAAAAUAAAAGUGAUAUAAUUUAAAUAAAACUUUUAAAGCCUUUAGAUCAAAAGUUCUUUAAUUUUAUUAGAGAAUAUGGCUAUUUGAUAGGGGAUUUAUCUCAUGAUCAUUAAUCUUCAUUUACUGUAAGUACUAUGGAAAGAUCCAGAUAGCUUUCAAAUGAAAGAUAAAUUGUAUAUAGCAAUUCUCCUCCACCUUCAAAAAGUAUAAAUUAUAAUGAUUCUUUAUAGCUUUUCGAACAAAACUAUUUAACCAUGUUAAUUGA